UUCCGGCCGUACUUAGUUUUCUGUUUAUGUGUAUAUUAAAACCUAACUUCAUUAUAAUUAACCUUCCUCUUAUAAAAUUGUUUCUUGGAUGAGUUUUCGUCAUAAAUAAGGAAUCUUUCCAUAUGCCUGUUGACUAAUUACUGCACUCUCUGCGGAUAAAUUAUCGAAUAAUAAUCCGUUCGAAAGCCGUUGCCUAGAUUAUUUUUACUGCCGUUCAUAUCUUCCUUAUUCAUCUGUUCUUUCCCGUCGGGAGUUGUGCCUCGAAGGUGACGUUAUGGCUGGAUCAACCGCCGAUGCGCUGUCCGAACUGAAAAUCGAUGAUUGGGCCUCCGCCGCGCCGAAUCUCCUGAAAAAUCUUUCCGUGUUCUCUCCCGAACAGGUGAAAUUGGCAAAGAUUCUAUUGGAAGCGAAUCAGACGCAUCUGUUUGAGCAUUGGCCUGAGCCAGGGGUUGAUGACGACGAGAAGCGCGCGUUUUUUGAUCAGAUUGACCGGCUCAAUGGAAGUUAUCCUGGGGGCCUUGCAUCGUACAUCAAAACUGCCAGGGAACUUUUGGCAGACUCGAAGGCUGGGAAGAACCCAUAUGAUGGAUUUACCCCUUCUGUUCCAUCUGGAGAGACCUUGACUUUUGGCGAGGAUAACUUUAUUCAAUUCGAAGAAGCUGGCAUACGUGAGGCAAGGAAGGCUGCAUUUGUCCUUGUGGCUGGCGGCCUUGGAGAGCGUCUUGGCUACAAUGGAAUAAAGGUGGCUCUGCCUGUAGAGACUACUACAGGAACAUGUUUCUUACAGCAUUACAUCGAAUCUAUUCUGGCCUUACAAGAUGUCAGCUGUAAGCUGGCCCAAGGUGAAGGACCUACAGAUAUUCCCUUGGCCAUAAUGACGUCAGACGACACACAUUCACGCACUCUAGACCUCUUAGAGAAAAAUGCUUACUUUGGAAUGAAGCCUUCACAAGUGAAAUUGCUGAAGCAGGAAAAAGUUGCUUGUUUGGAUGAUAAUGAUGCUAGACUGGCUGUGGACCCACAUAAUAAGUAUAGAAUCCAGACUAAACCUCAUGGCCAUGGUGAUGUUCAUUCACUUCUUUAUUCAAGUGGUCUCCUCAAGGAAUGGCUUGCUGCUGGUCGAAAGUGGGCUUUGUUUUUCCAAGAUACUAAUGGCCUCCUAUUCAAGGCAAUUCCAGCUGCAUUGGGUGUCAGUGCCAUCAAAGAGUACCAUGUUAAUUCUCUUGCAGUGCCCAGGAAAGCUAAGGAAGCCAUUGGAGGGAUUACUAAGCUCUCUCAUAAAGAUGGGAGGACUAUGGUGAUCAAUGUAGAGUACAAUCAACUUGAUCCAUUGCUGAGAGCUACAGGACAUUCUGAAGGCGAUGUCAACUGUGAAACUGGCUUUUCCCCUUUCCCAGGAAACAUCAAUCAACUAAUUUUUGAAAUCGGCCCUUACUUGGAAGAACUUACAAAAACUGGGGGUGCAAUAAAGGAAUUUGUCAAUCCAAAAUACAAAGAUGCAUCCAAAACUGCGUUCAAAUCAUCUACUCGACUAGAAUGCAUGAUGCAAGAUUACCCUAAAACACUGCCACCCUCAGCUCGUGUUGGAUUUACUGUAAUGGAUACUUGGCUGGCUUAUGCACCUGUGAAAAACAAUCCUGAAGAUGCAGCUAAGGUACCUAAAGGUAAUCCGUAUCACAGUGCUACAUCCGGAGAGAUGGCCAUAUAUAGAGCGAACAGCCUUAUUUUGAGAAAGGCUGGUGUUAAGAUAGAUGAUCCGAUUCAGCAAGUGUACAACGGGCAGGAGGUGGAUGUAUGGCCGCGGAUUGUGUGGAAACCUAAAUGGGGGAUCGCAUUUUCGGAUAUUAAACGCAAAAUUGGUGAGAACUGUUCCGUUACACAAAGAUCUACCAUGGCCAUAAAAGGCCAAAACAUCCAUCUUGAGAAUCUGGCACUCGACGGAGCCCUUAUUGUAAAUGCAGUAGACAGUGCCGAGGUGAAAGUUGGAGGUUCUGUCCACAAUGCAGGCUGGACCAUCGAAAAUGUCGAUUAUAAAGACACUUCAGCGCCGGAAGAAUUGAGAAUCAGAGGCUUCAAAAUAAACAAACUCGAGCAGUUGGAAGGAACAUAUGACGAGCCUGGGAAGUACACGUUGAAUCCUUGAGCGCAGUGCCGUUUCGGAAAAGGUCUUUCGACAACUUUUGUUGUAUUAUUAAGCAUCUGAACCCCGAGUUCUUCAUCUGUAUCAUUUUUUACCAUAUGAUCUUUGGAUCAACACAAUUUUUGAGAUCAAAUAAUCUAUGCAUAAGGCCUCUGUGCUCUGAUUUUCUUGAAUCAUUGCGCAGUGGCUGAGGGAUUUUUUUAGAAUGAA